GCCGCGCCCGAGCUGCAGGGGCGCCGCGAGCAUGAGCGCCGCGAGGUGGCCCGGGGGGUUUGGAGGGUGCGAAAGCUAGCGCAGGGGCGGCCCGGUGUCGCCGCGUGGUUCUGUUGCCUGAAGAUUGAUAUCCGCAACCAUCUGACGCGCGUGGUUUGGGGCAAAAGUAGCCGAGGCCGGGCCGCGUGCGAUAGUUUGGCCAGCUAUUCACCUGCACCACUUCGGUGCCACGCGUCUGCUUGUUGUUUGCAGGCCCCGGCGAGAUUGAUGAAGAACAGAGGCGCGGCAGGAGCCGGGCCGCGGGCCCUUGACUCUUUGCAAGCCCCCCCCGGGGCAUCCCCCGCGGCUUUGUCGCUAUGGUGUGCGACUUGAACGAGGCGGACGCCUUUGGCCCCUAUGGUUCGCGCGGUGCUUGCAAAAGGAGCGCGCGCGUUGUGGUGCGGAAGCGAAAGCCCCCAGGCAACCGCAUCAGCCGGCAAGCUUUGCGAUUUUGUGGCGAUAUUUCCGCCCCAGCCCGCUGCCAAAAGCUGUCGAAAUUAACAGGCAGCGACCAUGCCGCGCGUGAAGCUGUCCAAGAAAAGACUGGAGAAGAACGGGCAAAACUCGCCGGGCGCGUAUUCCGACCAGCAUACGGACACACCGGGCGGGCCGGCGCCGGCCCAUUACGAGGAGCCGCGGGCGCGCGGCGCUGCCUGGGGGCCGUGUUUCGUGAUUCGCCU